GUCCCCUCCCCGAACCCAAUGGAUUUCCAAACCCCCAAAUCUCCUCCGCCCUUCCAGCCUUCUCCGACUCCCCCUACACUAUUUCAAAACAUUUCAAACACUCUCCGCCCCCUUCCUUUCAUCCCAAAAUCUAUCCCCUUCCCAUUCCGCUCUCUCUCGCCCCUGAGACGCCGGAUCGCGCGACUCCCUCCACGGCGACAGCCCGCCGCCCCCCUCCCCGCCCCGCCCGCUCGACGAGGCCGCGCCGAGCGGUGAAGAGGGUGCCGCUGCGGUCGCUCGCCCUCUCGCGAUGAGUAGCGCCGUCAAGGACCAGCUGCAACAGAUGUCGACGACGUGCGAUUCGCUCCUGCUGGAGCUCAACGUGAUUUGGGAUGAGGUCGGGGAGCCCCACUCCGCGAGGGACCGGAUGCUGCUGGAGCUCGAGCAGGAGUGUCUCGAGGUCUACAGGAGGAAGGUCGACCUUGCCAAUCGCUGCAGGGCACAGCUGCGGCAGGCCAUUGCCGAGGCAGAGGCCGAGCUUGCCGGCAUCUGCUCGGGCAUGGGUGAGCCGCCGAUACAUGUUAGACAGUCAAAUCAGAAGUUGCAUGGUUUAAGGGAGGAGUUGAACGCAAUUGUCCCAUACUUGGAGGAGAUGAGACAGAAGAAAGUAGAAAGAUGGGACCAAUUUGUUGACGUCAUGGAUCAAAUUAAGAAGGUUGCAUCUGAAAUCAGACCUGCAGAUUUUGUGCCCUUUAAAGUUCCUGUGGAUCAGUCCGAUCUGUCAUUAAGAAAGCUUGAGGAGUUAACGAAGGAGCUACAAUCCCUUCAGAAAGAGAAGAGUGAUCGGCUGAAGCAAGUGAUGGAACAUUUGAACACUUUGCAUUCCUUGUGCGAGGUGCUUGGUAUAGACUUCAAGCAAACAGUAUAUGAGGUGCAUCCUAGCCUGGGUGAGGCUGAUGGAUCAAAGAACCUGAGCAACAGUACAAUCGAGAGACUCGCAUCAGCUGUAAAUGGAUUACGUGAAAUGAAGGUCCAGAGGAUGCAAAAGCUCCAAGAUUUGGCAUCUAGCAUGCUUGAACUUUGGAAUCUCAUGGAUACACCACUUGAAGAGCAGCAGAUGUUCCAGAAUGUAACGUGCAAUAUUGCUGCUUCAGAACAUGAAAUAACUGAGCCCAACACCCUCUCCAUUGACUUCCUCAGCUAUGUGGAAUCUGAAGUAUUAAGGCUUGAACAAUUGAAAUCGAGCAAGAUGAAAGACCUCGUUCUGAAAAAGAAGACAGAACUGGAAGAGCAUAGGAGACGUGCUCAUCUGAUUGGUGAGGAAGGUUAUGCAGCUGAAUUUAGCACUGAGGCUAUUGAGGCAGGAGCUGUUGAUCCUGCGCUGGUGCUGGAACAAAUUGAGUCUCACAUUGCUUCAGUGAAAGAGGAAGCUUUUAGCCGAAAGGAUAUUCUUGAGAAGGUUGAAAGAUGGCUGAAUGCAUGUGAGGAGGAAGCGUGGUUGGAAGAUUACAACAAAGAUGACAACCGUUAUAAUGCUGGUAGGGGGGCCCAUCUGACACUCAAGAGAGCGGAGAAGGCUCGUAUUUUGGUAAACAAGAUCCCAGGAAUGGUAGAUGUUUUGACCACGAAAAUCCAUGCUUGGGAGAAAGAAAGAGAAAAGGAGUUCACAUAUGAUGGUGUCCGCCCAUUGUCAAUGCUUGAAGAGUACAUGAUCGUUCGCCAGGAGAAAGAGCUAGAGAAGAAGAGGCAAAGGGAUCAGAAGAAAAUCCAGGAUCAAAUCAAAGCUGAGCAGGAAGCACUCUACGGAUCAAAACCUAGUCCAUCAAAGCCUCAAAGUACAAAGAAGAUGCCUAGGAACUCCAUGGGUGGUGCAAACCGAAGGCUGUCUCUUGGUGGAGCCACAAUGCAGGCCCCGAAGACAGACAUACUGCAUUCGAAGACUGCUCGUGCUGCCAAGAAGACUGAAGAUUUGGGCACUCUAUCUCCUAGUAGUAGAGGCUUGGACAUUGCUGGUCUUCCCAUCAAGAAGUUAACUUUCAACGCAAGUACUCAGCGUGAGGCAGAAACACCUCGCAAGCCUUUUGCCCAGAUCAUGCCAGGAAACAGUCUCCCUUCGACGCCUGCUCAACCCAUCUCCAAUGACACCGAGGAAGAGAACAAAACCCCCAAGACAUUUGCAACGCUCAAUCCCAAAACGCCGAUGACGAUGACGGCUCCGAUGCAGGUGGCGAUGACACCUGCAGUGGCUAACAAGGUCAUAGCCACUCCUGUCUCCCUUUUCCAGGAGAAGCCAGAGCAGCCGAUGCUGCCGGAGGAGAUUGAGUACUCGUUUGAAGAGAGGCGGCUCGCCGUUUACCUUGCCAGGCAAGUGGCUUAGCUCCGUCACUUGCCCAGGGCGUCCUAAAAUCCCAGUCAUUACGUAGUUGAAGGUCGAACUGACUGCCAUUUCUCGUCAGAGGCCAAUGGUGUACUUGUCUGUUGGUCGACAAUAGUCGGCCUUUUCGCGCAUUGCCGUACUUUUCUGAUUCACAGCCAUAUUUGGUACAACCAGUAAAGGAGUUCUACACUUGUGAGCUUGUGCUCCGUGCCGCCAUUGGUUAUCCUAAGUUGUAUAGCUUCAUCCGGUUGCAUCGUCGAUGACCUGUUACUCUAAUUAUUAUUUCUGUUUACAGUCAUCCAAA